AUGACUUCCCCUGGCUCUCCUCUGCAACCUGCUUUUCAACUUAUCCUCAACAACUACCUGCUCUCUCAGAACCGACUUCAACUGAUCCUGAACUUCAAAUACAGAGAAUCCAAAUUAAUAUCACAGUUUUUUCAGCAGGAACUUCCUGUCUGCUGGAUGAUUCUGACCCAAAAAAUAGUGACAUUUAUAUUACUGAGCUUCGUCUACAUUUCUUUCGGGAUUGUUGCACUCAAUGCUUCUCGUAACGUGGUUGAAAUUAAUUACCGCUACGACGAUGACUGUAUACCGAUAGAGUUCGGUAACAACAAGGUUGAGUACAUUCAGACAGGUGAAAAUAAAAAAUGCAGCCAAACAUUGACGGUGCCCAACGAUAUGAAGCAUCCUAUUUAUAUAUAUUAUCAGCUCAACAAUUUUCACCAGAAUCAUCUAAGGUACCUGAAAAACCGGAGUAAUGACCAAUUGAGAGAUGUCAUUAACGAGGCUGAGACGGGUACAUGCAGGCCCUUACAUAAGGACAUUGGUGGCUUGCCAAUUGUGCCUUGUGGCCUCGUAGCCUGGAGCUUGUUCAACGACACUUACAGCUUUUCCAGCCGUAACCUGACCAUUCCAGUAAACAAGAAGGGUAUCUCAUGGAAGAGCGACUGGGAACACAAAUUCGGAAGUAAUGUGUUCCCCAAAAAUUUUCAGAGCAGAGGCCAGGUUGGCGGGGCUAGGCUGGAUCCAUUCAUACCCUUGAGUGAGCAAGAGGAUCUUAUGGUAUGGAUGAGGAAAGCGCCUCUUCUCACGUUUAGGAAGCUGUACGGGAAGAUAGAGGUCGAUUUGAAAAAAGGAGAUAAAAUCGACGUGAUUAUCUACAACCGCUACAACACCUACAGCUUCAAUGGCGAGAAGAGGCUCGUUCUUUCCACUACUAGCUUUUUGGGUGGGAAGAACGACUUCCUUGGCAUUAUAUCCCUGGUUGGAGGCGGGCUAUGGUUUCUCAUUGCCCUGGCCUUCAUCCUCAUCAACCAUUUCAAGCCAAGGAUACCUGGAGAUCCAGCCAGCUUGUCAUGGAACCAGCCUCCAGGAUAAGUUGCUUGUCAUGGAAUCAAAUCAAUUUUAGUUAAUAUGAUUUAUUUGUUAUAAUUAAAUCGG